AUGGCCACCCUUCAAGAUAUUGCUGUCUCAGCUGCUAUUAAUAUUUUAUCUACAGUUACAUUUCUUGUGGCUUUCGCAAUACUGCGGCUGCAACCAAUUAAUGAUAGAGUUUACUUCCCAAAAUGGUACCUCAAAGGGAUAAGAGGCAGCCCAAUAAGCUAUGGGUCGUUAAGCAGAUUUGUCAACUUGGAUUUCAGAACAUACAUAAGGUUUUUGAAUUGGAUGCCUGCCGCAUUGAGGAUGCCAGAACCUGAGCUUAUUGAUCACGCAGGGCUUGAUUCUGCUGUAUAUAUUAGGAUUUACCUUCUUGGUUUGAAAAUAUUCAUCCCCAUUACCAUACUUACUCUUGUGGUUUUGGUACCUGUCAACUGGACUGGGAAGACAUUAGAAUUAGAGCAGUUUAAAAAUCUUACAUUUAGCAAUAUCGACAAGCUUUCAAUAUCCAAUGUUCCUACAGGAUCGAAAAGGUUUUGGGCACAUCUGCUAAUGUCGUAUGUGUGUUCAUUUUGGACAUGUUAUGUUCUUUACAAGGAAUACAAGAUAAUAGCUACUAUGAGGUUGGAAUUUUUGGCAUCUCAAAAUCGCCAUCCUGAUCAAUUCACGGUUCUUGUGAGAAAUGUUCCCCCGGAUCCAGAUGAACCAGUCAGUGAGCACAUUGAACAUUUCUUUUGUGUAAAUCAUCCUGAUCAUUAUCUGACACAUCAAGUUGUAUACAAUGCAGUUAAGCUUGCAAAAUUGGUUGCAAAGAAGAAGAGCUUUCAAAACUGGCUUGUCUAUUACCAAAAUAAACAUGAGAGAAAUCCCUCGAAAAAACCAACUACAAAGACAGGCUUUUGGGGACUUUGGGGGAGUAAAGUGGAUGCAAUUGACUACUACACUACUGAGAUUGGGAAGUUGAGUGAAGAAGAAGAUGCAGAAAGAGAAAGGGUAAUUAGUGAUUCUGAGGCUAUAGUUCCUGCAGCAUUCGUUUCAUUCAAAACCCGAUGGGGAGCAGCAGUCUGUGCUCAAACUCAGCAAUCAAGUAACCCUACAAUUUGGUUGACAGAAUGGGCUCCAGAGCCACGUGAUGUCUUUUGGGACAAUCUUGCAAUUCCAUAUGUCGAACUCACUAUUCGAAGAUUGCUCAUGGCUGUUGCUCUAUUUUUCCUUACUUUUUUCUACAUGAUACCAAUAGCAUUUGUUCAAUCUCUUGCCAACAUUGAGGGCAUUGAGAAGGUUCUUCCUUUCUUGAAGCCACUAAUAGAAAAGGAUGUUGUCAAGUCUUUUAUCCAAGGAUUUCUCCCUGGCAUUGCAUUAAAGAUAUUUCUUGUUUUACUUCCAACAGUUCUUAUGACUAUGUCCAAAAUAGAAGGUUUUAUAUCACUCUCAUCAUUGGAGAAGAGAUCAGCUUCAAAAUAUCAUCUAUUCAUACUUGUUAAUGUGUUUCUUGGAAGCCUUAUUGCUGGAACAGCACUUCAGCAGCUUAAGCAGUUUAUUGAGGCACCCACAGGAGAUUUCCCCAAAACCAUUGGUAUGUCAAUCCCAAUGAAAGCAACAUUCUUCAUCACAUAUAUAAUGGUUGAUGGCUGGUCUGGAAUUGCUGUAGAGAUCCUCAGAUUGGUUCCAUUAGUUAUGUUCCACAUAAAGAACACAUUUUUGGUUAAGACUGAUCAAGACAGGGAGCAGGCAAUGGAUCCUGGUUGCUUGGAUUUUGCUACAUCUGAACCUCGGAUACAGUUUUAUUUCUUGCUGGGGCUUGUGUAUUCAGUAGUAACACCAGUACUUCUUCCUUUCAUAGUUGCCUUCUUUACUUUUUCCUUUGUGGUCUUCCGUCAUCAGAUUAUCAAUGUGUAUGACCAGAAAUAUGAAAGUGGGGCAGCAUUUUGGCCAGAUGUGCAUCUUCGCAUACUUAUUGGCUUGAUUAUAGCUCAAAUUCUCCAUAUGGGAUUGUUAAGUGCGACAGGUGCUGAUAAAUCAACAACACCAUGGCUCAUUGCUCAACCAAUUUUGACAAUCUGGUUUCAUAAAUUCUGCAAGGGACGUUUCGAAUCUGCUUUUGUAAAAUUUCCAUUACAGGAAGCAAUGGUGAAGGAUACACUUGAAAGGGCAACUGAACCAAACCUGAACCUGGAAGCCUAUCUUCAGGAUGCUUACAUACACCCAGUCUUCAAGGGCGGUGAGUUGGACAUACCAGUAGCCAUGGAUGAGGAAGAAAACAAUCCACUUGUUCCUACAAAGAGGAAUUCUCAUCUUGGUAGUAAACAUGGUUCUGAAGUCAGUCCUGAAGCUGAUAUUUGA